UCUGCUUGUACGGUCGUAUUAGUCCAUCAUAUUGCAUUCAUAGUUACUUUUUAGUAGUUAAGUUCUUUUCAGUUAGUGCAUUACUUCUCUUUAGUGCACGCGGAGGAGUGAGUGUCCUCUCAAAUGCACAAAUUGCUGAACAUUAUGCAGACUGUAUUAAACUGUCAACAGAAAAUGUAAGCCAACUUUGUGUAGGAGUUCAUUGACAUUGAUGAAUUAUGAUUACUGGUUUCCCUAUUACGUAUAUACUGUAAGAACUAAAUGCUCCCAGAAUAAGGUCUCAAAACACCUAAAUUCAAACUUUAUUCGGGGUUCAUACCCCCCAGGCCCUUCUGUAUAUACCUAUCCUUAAUCAUGCAGAUCACGUACAAGUCUAAAAUCCAUGUGCACUCUAGUUAAUACUACUUGUGUUUGGUGUAUACCUUCAUAACCUGAAUCAUUUCCAAAUUGCUAUAUAUACUGUUUAAUUGAGAAGCAAUAGCCACAUUUUCGGUAUACAGGCGUUGCAUUGUGUGGGGAAGAAAAAGUACUGUGCAGCUGGCAGUGCCUGUAUAACUGUAUUGUGCACUGUGUUAGGUAGGAUUUGACAAACUAUAUUGUUUCAUCCUGAGUGGAGACCGGAUAUUUUGAGGCAAUAUAAAGAGUAUAUGUUUUGCACUUAGCUGUUGCUGCAUGAGGUAGUACAAGAGCAGGUGUCAUUCGUUGUGGCUUUCCACCAGUAAUUUAGCACACUCAUUUUCCCCCAGAAAAUCAACGCAAGAAAUGCAUUUGGUCUUCAUUUGAUUGACUAUAUGCUUCAAAUGUUAAUGCAAUACGGAGAAUUGGAGAAUUUUCAGGUUGCAGGUUGCACACUGGAUGCAGGAGCGAAAAUAUAUGCAAGCAGAGUUGAUUCAAUGUAUUCUGAAGCAUAUAAAAUCCUUGGAGGAAUAUUAGUGAAUGAGACUAAUGACAAAGAUCAACCUGAAAAUCCAGUUCAUCAUAUGAAAGAACAGAGUAGGAAGGAGGUAUGUUUUCUUGUGUCUCUGUGUGUUCUGAAUGAUGCCGACUAGUAACGAUAAACUGGCUCUGUUGAAGUCGUCCACGUGGCCUUUCCCGUCCCAUCAAUAAUAUGUGCAUAUGCACAUACACAUCAACACUCGACUCGUGUGCACGUUCCUAGCACC